AUGGCACAGAAGACGACUGAUUUCGGCAACUUUGUCGACCAGGUGCUCGUCAACGUCUUCUUUCAACCAGACGAUGAGUUAUCCCUGAACACUGUCGCAGAGACCUUUUCGCCUGACUUUACAGCCACCAUCAAUGGCGUUUCCAUACCAGGCGAGGCCUACAAGCAGGCUAUUGUCGAGUCUCGUGCCAAGUCUACUUUCAAGGUCGUCAAGACGGAAGAGAUCCUCGCUAGUCACGAUGCGGAUAGGGAGAAGGGAGGGUCGGUUGCGCAUUAUACGGAGUUUUUGGUGAUUGAUAAGGAGACGGGCGUUGAGAAGAAGGAAGCUACUUUGACGAUUGUGACGUGUGUUGAGUUGGAUGGGAAGGUUGUUUUAAAGUCGUUGACUGAAGUUUACCACAAGUGA